AUGAUAUUGCACUUGGCAGCGAAGGUGGAAACAAUGUUACACUCGAGAUUUUUCACCAGCAUUCUACUAUCGGGUAUCUUUUAUAUCGCCGUAUUUUCAGUAGGAAAUGCGUCUCCAAUCGGCAAUUUCGAUCCUCCAGGGGUAAGAUCGACGUUAUCUCCCAGGACUGGAACCGAAGCCAAAGGAUCGUUCUUGUUCCCGAGGAAUCAAAUCGCAGCUGGGAGCACCCAAGACACCAAUCAUUCUCAGGCGAACAGUUUCACGGGAAAGACAAACAUAUUGAAGACCAAACAACAGAAGAACGAAGAUUCCUUACCCGAUGUGAUACCCAAGGACCCCAACGGGUUUUUCCAUCCAGCUGCGUUAAGUCGAUUCAAAUCUAGCAUAGCUUCCUUUAAGGCCUGGCAGCCUCUCAACUUCUUGCCCGAUGCUCCUACACUCGCUCGGACCAAGGCUCAAGACGUGGCUUCAAAAAUAGACUAUUUCAUCGAUAAAAUUUCGACCUUCCAUCACCCUGAAAGGCACCAGGGCAAAUCGGUAAUCAAUCACUUGAAAUCCUGA